AUGCUAACGAGCUUCUAUCGGUUACUGAUGGCUUUGUCUCGGGCGCUAGAGAAUGGGCUCGAAGCGCUUCGCAGGGUUCCCGGGGAUUACCAGCCCUACCCUCUACUGGAGGAGGUGCGGGGGAAGUCUAUGUACUUCUAUUCGCGCAUGACAAAAAGCGCCUGGCUAUUGACCAGAAUCACGUUGGUGUUGGUGAUCAUGUACCUUGUUACCGCCACUCCACUCGCCGGCACACUUCAGCAAGCAUACAUCAUCCGUGACGAACGCUUCUGUGACCACCCUGUCACUCAACUCGCUUACAAUGCUCAAAAAAUGUUUAACAGAACUUGGGACAGACAAUCUCAGUCUCUUGAUAAAGCUGUUGCCGAAUACCGCCGCCGCUACCAGAUGCCACCGCCUCCCUAUUUCGAUAAAUGGUACCAAUUUGCGACUGAGCGCAAUACGAUGCUGAUUGAUGAGUUCGAUAAUAUAUAUCAUGCCAUUCUGCCCUUCUGGGGCCUCGCUCCGAGCAAGAUCCGGGCGCGCGUGCGAGAGGACUUGGGACAUCCAAACGUCCAGAUGGAGGUAGCUAUUCAUCAUGGUCUGCCGAUUCACAAGAAUGGGGGCCAAGGCAACUUCCAGGAACACGGCACCAUUGAGUCGCUACGAAAAUUUGCACAAUGGCUGCCAAAUAUGAAUUUAGGAUUUAACGCCCACGACGAGCCACGUGUUGUGGUACCGCACGAGGAGCUCAAUCGACUGGUCUUGAAAGGACGCAAAGCCCACGCUCGAUUGAGCGGGAGAGAAGUUGCCCUGAGAUCUUAUUUCACACAACUAAAGCUUGAGGAGCCUGUGCCGGUGCAUUUCAACAGGUUCAUUGAUAUAGAAAAGCAAGAAACCUGGCUCUACUCUCGGCUAUCAUGCCCGCCGGACUCGCCCGCUAUGUCUCAGGAUGAUACCCCUGAAGACAACACAACAUCCUGGGCUCUAAAGCCCCUAGGUUUUAUAUACAACCAGACUGCCGCUAGUGAUAUGUGUCUGAGUCCUUCGCUGCAACAUCGGCUCGGAGUCUAUGAGCAUCCCAACGCCUUUAAGAUCACAAAUGAAAUGACUCCUAUGUUUUCCAUGUCACGGCCAUCCUCGUUCCAGGACAUAACAGUGCCCUCUCCUUAUUACUAUGACUCCGUCACGGAUUUUGAUAACGAUACUGCGCGAGUGAUUGGAAACUUGACUCAGCCUCAAUCACCGUAUUAUGUCAUGGAACGACAGAAGAACUCUCAGUGCAACGUUGGGGGCGAUGGUGGAUGGACAGUUCGCAACAUCACACACAACGAGAUCAAGAACUACUUCAAUGCCCACUUCACAGUCAUUCAGGUCUGUGACGACGACUGCGAGGAGGAGAACGAGUUCUUCAAUGACCUUGUCAAACCUGAUCCCCAAGAAGAGGCUUGGCGAUAUCGGUAUUUGCUGGAUAUGGACGGCCACGCGUACAGUGGGCGUUUCUACGCGUUUAUGCGCAGCCAGAGCGUCCCGUUCAAGUUGACGUUUUUCAGGGAAUGGCAUGAAAACGUGUUGUUUCCCUGGGUUCAUUAUGUGCCCAUAAACAAAGACGCAAAUGAGAUCCCUGAGUUGGUUAGGUUCUUUGAGCAGGAUCCUGAGGGCAAGAGAAUCGCGAAGAGUAUUGGCGUAGGGGGCCAAGAAUGGGCCCGCAAGACACUCAGAAAGGAAGAUAUGGAUGUCUACUUAUUCAGACUGCUUUUAGAAUACGCUCGGGUGCAAGACGAUAACCGCGAGAUAUUGGGCUACUCUCGGGCUUGUUCUGGACAGGUCUGA